GCACGGCGCUGCCUCGACGGGGCGAUCGGCUUCAUGCGGAGGUCCACGGCCGCUUCGUCUCCGUUCUUCGGGGGCGCGGAGGUGCCCUUCACUGCAUCGACUCCAUUUGCUACCACACUGGCGGACCUCUUGCUAUCGGUGAUAUCGAGGAGGUGAACGGGGACCUUUGCAUCCGCUGUCCUUGGCACGACUACGACGUGAGACUGGAAGAUGGUGCGAAGCCCUACCAGUCCAUGAAGUUUGAUCCUGCAACGAAGAAGCUUGUCCCUGAUGGGUGGAAGUUCACUCGCAACACGCAGCGGAUGCACGAGGUGGUGUUGCGUGAAGGUGCUGCUCCAGAAGGAGGAAUUUGGGUCCGGCUGAGCACCGAGGGCAAGUUCGAAAGCGAUCAAUUUGCCUACAACGACAAUGCUGCUAAAAACGUGGCGCGAGGCGAUCGCACCUUUGCGCCAGAUGGCAAGAGCCCCGAAAGUCCGGAGAAGUCCGGGACUUCCGGUUACAAGCGCAGUGGGGAGGUGAUAGCUGAGAUGCGGGCCAAGGCGUCAGCACAGAAGAUGCCCCCACCUCCGGCUCUACUGACGCAGCCGGCGACACUGCAAAGCUUGCAUCCACUCGAGUGGCGGCCUUUCCGCCUUUUAAGCAAAAAGCAGCUUGCGGGCAGUGUUUGGCUGUUCCGCUUCGCGCUGCCCACGGAUCAGCAGCUUGGCUGGUCAUCGCUACGGCAUGUGCGGAUGCGCAUACCACUGCCAAAGAUGGAUGGUACUGGUCCUGCUGCAGUGGAGCGCGAGUACACCCCAGUGUCGCCUCUGGGCCGGACGGGUAGCUUCGACCUUGCUGUGAAGAUCUACCCGGAGGGCAUGCUGACGGCAAGGCUUGCCAAGAUGGCACCUGGUCAGCUUGUAGACAUUUGUGGACCACUGGGCGAUUUCACUUUCUCCUGGUCGGCGAAGACGUUGACCAGGCUGGUGAAGAGCCCGCUGGAGCAGACCUUGAAAUUCAACAGUAUUGUUUUCGUGGUGGCAGGCAGCGGUGUCACUCCCGCCAUCCAAGCGCUCCAGGACUGGGUGGCUUCAGGCCGUGCGGGAAGAGAUGUCACGGUAACAGUCAUCUACUCAACUCGCGACGAGGAUGAGAUUGCUUUCCUCCCAGAGCUCCGGCAAUUGGCGCAGCAGUUUGCCGAUCGCUUCCGCCUGCACCUGGCAGUGAGCCAGCCGCGAACGGAUGCCUUUGCAGAAGGCCAUCGCGGAAGGAUUGAUGAAAAGGUUCUUCAGCAAUGGCUGGGCCAGGGUGGGGUCGACACACUGGCGCUGGUCUGUGGCCCGCCUGGCUUCAACGAAAUCAUGAAAGAAGCUUUGGGGAAUUUGGGUUUUGCCCAUGUCUUGUGCCUUUAG